ACACACACACACACACUCGCGGGCGCGCGCACGCACACACACACAGCGCCGUGUUUCUUUCAAGUCAUUCUCUAUCAACACGCGUUUCUCCGUCGCUCCUUUUUAAGCAAAAUCUGCCAGAUUUUCCUUCGUGACGCUACACAACAGCCGCACCUCGGGUUUCAGCUGUGUUUACUGACCAAUCGCGCCGCACUGGAACUAUGAGCGUCAGCGUUCGGCGGCAGAGAGAGCGGCGGCUGCCCGGCUCAGGCGAGCCCUCCCCGGUGUGAGAGUCCAAUCGAGGCCGCUGUUGCUGCGGCCUAGUGCGGGUGGUUUAAUGUUUCACUCGACAACACACAACAGCGCUCCGUGUCCAUCAGGAACAGCAAUGGCUUCUCGUGAUGACAGACUGACGUUGAUUGACAGAUGAUGCUGGAGGUGACGUUACCUGUGCAGGUGAGCGAGGCCCGCAGCAUCACGGCAGGAGAAUGAAGCCUCAUUCGGACUCGUGCGAGAACGCACACGCGUGUGACUCCGCAUCACACGGCUCCCCGGACAUGAACCCGGACCUCCGUUUGACCUUGACCUCCUGCAACGGUUCGACGGACCAAUCAGGGCUGGAGGAUCCCGCGGCACGUUCUGAGCACGACCUCGCGCCCGAGAUCCAGCAGGCCUACCGGAUAUUUCAGAGCUUCCUCUCAGAGAAGCACAAGUCCGUCGCGGCCCCGUUCUGGCGUCCCAUGGGCCCCGGGGACCAGGCCGAGAUGUGCUUCAGAAGGAUGGAUGAUAAGUUCGUGAAUCGCGAGUACGAGUCGAUCACGGCGUUCGUGGCAGAUUUCAGACUGAUGCUGGAGAACUGUUACCGCUGUCACGGCGUGGAUCACUGGAUCUCCAGACAGGCGCAGAAGCUGGAGACCAUUCUAGAGCAGAAGCUCACCUUGCCCACCAGGGUCAGGACGCUGCGGGAGAAAACCACGCUGGCCGUGACCUCCAGAGGCCGGUUUGGGGCGGAGGAUGAGAAGGCGGCGCUGGGCUCGUCGUCCAGACGGAGGUGGGUGCCGCGGAGCAUCACGGGGGGCGGCACCAAAUACGACAAGAUGCAAGAACAAAUACCUUAGCACCUCAAACAACGAGAGCAGGAGCGUAAGGAGGCGGAGGAGGCCUCGGUGAAGGAGCUGGAGGAGUGGGAGAGCUCUUUACUGUCUCUGGCCGAGCCGUGUCCGCUCUGGAGUCUGUGGGAACUUCCUGCCAUCGGUCACUUCCUGUGCCUGGCUCAGACGGCGCUGCACCUCCCCGAGAUCGUCUUCUACGAGCUGGAGCGCUGUCUGCUGAUGCCGCGCUGCAGCGUGUUCCUGGCCAAGAUCAUGACGGCGCUCCUCAGCCCCCCGCAGAAGAGAUCCGGCGUGCAGCGGCGCGCACCGAUGCGCUACAGAGCGUGGGAGAGCGAGCUGCGCCGCCGCGUCCAGAGCUGGUACAGAGCGGUCGGCCGCGCCGAGGACACACAGCAGGCGGCGCGGGCGGAGCGCCUCGGACUCUGCCCUCAGUUCUUCUGGACGCUGGGAGCGGUCAGUCCUCUGGAGGAGACCCCCUUCCACCUGCUGCCGCUCCAGCAGCGCGUCUGGCUCCUCAAGGGCCUCUGUGAUCACGUGUACGAGACGCAGAAGGAGGUGCAGGACGCUGUUCUCGCGCAGCCCAUCCACGAGUGCCGCGAGUCCAUCCUGGGCUACGACCAGCAGGACAACGCCUACAUCCACUUCCCACACUUCUGCGGCGCUGACCUCCGGAUCUACUGCCAGAGUCCCUGCGGAGCCGUGGAGCUCUCGCUGCCGCCCAUCCACGUGCAGAGAUCCCUGGAGGAGCCGGAGGAGGCAGAGCUCAAGGACCAGACAUAUGAAGUGAAGCUGGAGGAGGAAAACUCCAGCAGCACGGAGCCGAACACAUGGGACGUGAAAGAAGAUUCACUCUCUGACGGAGAGGAUCUGGAUCAGAAAUGCUCCUCCGGCGUUCCCUCGUGGUGCAGAGAAGAUUCUCUGGACUCUGUAAGCGUCCGAGGACCGUCGAUGGAGGACAGACGGCUCGAAGACGAGGAGUCUGACUGCGAGCCGUGCUUCAGAGUCGGAGACAGCUGCUAUAAAGGCGUCUCGCCGGCUCUGAACAGUCACAGAGGUCCUAGAAUCGAUGCGAAUCACUUGAGCGCCGAGGAACGGAGCCCCUGUCCGGAUUGUUCCGGAGCGUCGCAGGGAUCUCCGAGUUUCUGGACCGACCCCGGAAACACACGCCUGCGACGGGACGAAUCCAGACCGACACGAGCCCAGAAGAGGAAGAAGAAGAAAGAGAGGAAGUUCGGCGUGAAGCAGACGAGCAGACUGAGCUUGAAGAAGCGAACGGCCAGAAGCAGCCUGCAGAGAGCCGCCAAAACCAUCAAGAAGAAAGACAAGAGGAAGAGACACAGACUGGGAAAGAGGUUUGAUGGGAAGGCGAUGUUAGCGAGGAGACCGUCAGGAUCUGCUCCGCCGCCAGCUCAGCCCACGUUUCAGUUGGUUUGCUCCAGUCUGGAUGAUCUCAGAGUCCUGAUCAGUAAAAUAGAAGAUCAACUAGAUGAACUGGACGGCAAAAAGAGAUCUGGACGGUGGCCACACAAAAAGAGCGCCGUGAAAGAGUUGCACAUCACACUUAUAAGGCUGCUUAAUGAGCUGUUACCAUGGGAACCCAAACUCGUCAAGGCCUUCCAGAGGAACAGAGCACGCUUGAAAAAGGAGUGUGACGAAUUCAAGAAACACCCCGAAUAUGAGAACUUUAUCAGGGAGCAGAUGGAUACAGAAGAUACUGGGGAAGUUGCGUGCAAAGAUGGAUUGUUGUCCGCAGAGACAACAAACAAACUGGAAGAGAGUGAAGUCAAAAUGGGCAAAACUAUGAAGGAGGACUCUGAGACAACAGAGAACGUAAAUCACGAAUCAAGAUGCCUAUUCGACAGACCUGAUGUUGUCAUGCAUUCAUCAGAGUCUGGACCCUUCACACGCGGUUCAAAGCGGCGCCACACUGGUGCAAUCAGUGAGGAACUGAGUCCAUGCAAGAGAGGCAAAAUGGAUCCAGAGAGCUCUUUAACAUCAGAUUUCAAUGUGGAAGUUGCAUCCAGGGAACAAGCAACAGUGAACCCACAAGCUUCAGUGUUGCCAGACACUAUGAGUAGCUUUCAUGGGACUUGCAAACCCAUCCAGGCUUUGCUGGCUAAGAGUGUUGGAAACAAAGUGACCUUAAUAAGUCAUCCACCGAAGGCUGCAGUGAUGGCUCAGGCUCUGCGGGAUCAUAACAAAACAGCAUCUGUAACUCUGCCACCUGUCAGAUUAUCAACUACCUGUGCAGCUACGCAACACUCUGAACCUGUCUCUACAGAAACCAUAACUACGUCAUCUGCGAGCGAAAGCACUGGACAGGUGGUGUACAAGACGGCAGGAGGCGUGGGGCUUCUCAGGCAAGGAAGCACUUCUGUAAACUUUUCAGUGCAAUCAAUAUCAGAUCAAAAAUCAGGGGCGAAGGCCAUGCAACAAGUUGUUUCGCCUUCAAAUCUACUGAUUCAAAGCACUGAGAAUAAGGCAGCCCAGGCCUCUGUAUCUGUUCCUAAGACUACAACGUACAUGUCCAAUGUUUCAGGGUUCACUAUACCGGAAAACAAGGUUCCUGUCCAGCCGGUGGCACCUUUGAAAGAUACCAGCACUGUAAGAACACCGUCUGCUGUAGUUACUCCCAGUUUAAGGAACUUAAUGACUGUUGGUGUGCCUAAAAAGACUACUGAACCAAAGGUGGCCCUGAACAAAUCAGCCAGCAGUGGUCUGACCAAGUCUGAUGCUAAACAGGAGCUCAGGACAGUGUGUAUUAGGGACUCUCAGUCCAUCCUUGUCACUACGAGAGGAGGCAACACAGGAGUGGUGAAGGUUCAGACAUCGGAAAGUGGAACAGGUGCUUUGCCACCCAGCCCAGUUUUUAACAUCUCACCCCAACUUCAUGCCUUUCUGGUGUCAAAGUCUUCCACGUCUCAUACACAAGCUGUUUCGGCCACCAUUGCUGCUAAAUCUCGACCUGGAGUCACUCCUCAGUCUACUUUUGUGGCAGGAACUGUCAGUCCUUUAACCUUAAAUCAGAUUUCCAAUACCGGCACUACAGGCAAAACAACAAUCCCUGGUAAAUCAGCACUCCUGGCUACAAGCAAAGGCAGUGAUAGUUUCCUAAUAAAUGCGAAAGAUUGCGCUCAGCAGAAUACGGUCUCUAAAUGCGGAACGAAGCCCCCACAAAAAAGGGCUCCACCAGGAAGCACAACUCCAGACCAGUCGACUUUCCAAAAGGUUUUCCUGGUCACACCUUCACCAAAUAUCCCUUCAAAGGUCACUACUACUACAGCAACAUGUACCGUUCCAGGAUCUCGGGUCAUGUUCAUAAGCAACUCAGCACUUCUCAUUCCAAAAGAGACAUCAACUUCAGAGGUUAACAUUUCCUCUACUAGUACACCAGCGCUGAAGGUAGUUCCCAACUUGGGGACCUUAUCCUGCACUUCUGGUACAAGCAUCCAGAGCAUCGGUGUUUCAGGGUUAACAUCAUGGCACCGGCCACAUGGCUUCCUCUGCACUUUUGUCAGUUGUGAAACCGAUGUACCUCCAUCAGUUUCAGCGUUAAAUGCUCUUCACUGUAAACCAGGGUUAUCGGCUGGCAGUUCUACUUCAAAUACAUCUUCCUCUUAUUCUGGAAGCCUAAUUACCAAACACACUACGUUACCAAUUAAUGUGACUGCUAACAAGCCAGUGAUCACUUCCCUUUGCAAUUCACACUCGCUGAUCAAAACAACAGCCAACACUUCUGCUUCUGCAGUAUCCAGUACUUUUGCAUUGAGUUGUAGCUCCACUUUAACUCCUCCAGUGGUCAUGACCUCUGGAUCCAACCUCUCCUCUGCCACCAAGAAUGUUCAGGAGAAAAUCGUCAUCAACACCACUGCCCCACUUGCCCCUGGAACUCAGCUCCUGAUAAAUAACACCAGAUUUGUUGUACCUUCUCAAGGCCUUGCACCUGGCAGCCAUGUUCUGCUUCAUCUCCAACUCUUGUCCUGGGGGGAAUGCAAGAGUCAAGUGCUGUUGGUUCUCAAAGAUUGCAAGUGCCAAGUCCUGCUGGUCCUCAAAUCCUGGAGGAUUGCAAGUCCAAGUCCUGCUUCCACUGAUUCUAGAGGUCCAAAAACUUCAGCUACUCACACGGUUCCUUCAGUUGUACAAGGUGUGAGAUUGGUAACACCGGUCAGGCUACCCUUGGCAAAAGUUGGACCUUCUGAUCAACUCCGUCAGCAACUGAGCACCAGAACUCCAUUGAAUGUGUCUGGUCCUACUGCUCUCUCACAAGUAGCACAAGCUCUGCGUCCUGGUGUACCUUCAGACAUUGUGAGACUUCCUAUCUUUCAAACCUCCAACCACUUAGUUACAGCAUCACAAGGUACGACCAGGUGUCCCAAAGAAACCUCUCUUUCCCAAGGAGGUUUACUUAGCACAACUUCUCCAAUGCAAGGAAGACCAUCCCAAACCCAAGUGGCGCCAGUCGUACCACCAGUGAAAGCUGUGAUUCCAAGGCAUUCGCCGAUGGUAACCGUACCACCCAUGAGCAGCACGAUAUCACGGAUGCAGAAACUCCCGGUUGCAACGGUUCCACCAAUCGGUGGUGCAAACAAUGCCAGUCUAGCCACUCCAAUUGCAACUGUUCCUCCAUCUAUGAGCACUGUCAUAAUGACACCUUGUCCACCUAUCAGAGCCGUGCAACCUGGGACUAUCGGAAAGCCUGUUAUUUUACCCCAGCCAUCGCUAGGUCAAAGCACGGUUCCUGUACAAGUUCCCACUUCUGCUAAACUCUUGUUGAGCCCAGAUGGUGCCGUCUUAAAUAUCAUUCAAGCCUCAGCCUCAAGCUUGCAAGUAUUGGCAAAGCCAAUGGCUGCUCAAGUGGUCAGUUCCUCCUCAAGUAGCAUUACUGUACCUAUUUUAAACACAAGUGAUCCACUGAGAAAACCAGAUACAUUGGGGAGACCCAAUCACUGAAAUGGUUCUGGAGGUCAUCUCAUUUUUCCCAUAGUGAUCACAAAGGUUUAUUCAAUGUUUUGGGCGCAUUGUUGAAAGCAAGUGGGCUUCCUUUGGUUCCAUAUCUCCCCAUUUUGAGAGGCUGAAUACUAAAUAUCUAAAUAAAUAUUUUGGGCAUUUUGCUCUUUACAAAACAAAUAAAAGGGAAAUCGGUUAUCCUUAGAGUUGUAAAUAAAAUUGGUUUCGCAAAGAGAAAUUUGGAGAUUUAAAAUGGCCAGCAAUGUACAUAACAGUAUUUGUUUGGCUGACUCUUUUCUACUCCAUUUGUAUGCAAUGGUUUGAAUGUUUUGUAGCAUUUUCCAUUAAAAUGAUUAAUAUUAUUCUGUAGAACAGUCUUCAGUCUAUUUAAGAGUAUGUCUGGCUGAUCUGAAGCCUGCGUUAGUGCAUUCAGGCAUAGGUUGAGUAUUAUCAGACAUCAUCUGAUAACAGUUUGAUUUUGUGUUUCAUCUAUAUUCAUGAAAAUAAACUUGGCAUAUUUAUGACUGAAGUAAAA